UUAUGUAUGUGUGUUGUCAGCUGACAGGCAGCAUCUCGGGGAGCCGUCACAACACCACCUUGCCUGCUGACAGCAAGCUAGCAGCUCCUAGCCGAGGCUCUACUUCGGACCGGGGUGGGUUAUGUUUCCCGGAGCCAGAACCGUAGACGGAGGUUUGUGCACCACCAACCCAUGGCGGCCGAAAUUCAGCCCCAACCGCAGGCUCGGAAGCCAUGUCUGCUGAGCAAAAUCGAGGCUUUCCAAGAUGUGGUUAGCACGGCGGUCAUCAUCCCCAAGGAAGACGGCGUUAUCAGCGUGUCUGAGGACAGGACGAUUCGGGUGUGGCUGAAGAGGGACAGCGGUCAGUACUGGCCCAGUGUCUACCACACUAUGUCAUCAUCAAGCUCCUGUAUGUCCUUUAACCCAGAGACCAGGAGGCUGUCUGUGGGGAUGGAUACUGGAAGCAUCUGUGAGUUCAUCCUGUCAGAAGACUACAAUAAGAUGACCCCAGCACGCACCUACCAGGCGCAUCAGGGCAGAGUGGCAGUGGUGCUGUUUGUGUUGGAGAUGGAGUGGCUUCUGAGCACUGGCCAGGACAAAAACUUCACCUGGCACUGCUCAGAAAGCGGCCAACAGCUUGGGACGUAUCGAACCGCCGCCUGGGUUUCAGGACUACAGUUUGAUGUGGAGACCAGACACGCCUUCGUAGGGGACCAGUCUGGUCAGGUGACCAUCCUGAAGCUUGAGCAGGACAGCUGCAGCCUGGUCACCACGUUCAAGGGACACACUGGCAAUGUGACGGCGCUGUGUUGGGACCCGGUCCAGAGGGUGCUGUUCUCCGGCAGCUCAGACCACUCCAUCAUCAUGUGGGACAUCGGAGGACGCAAAGGCACUGCCAUCGAACUGCAAGGACACAAUGAAAAGAUUCAGGGUUUGUGCUACGCCUCACACACUCGACAGCUCAUCUCCUGCAGCUGGGAUGGAGGAAUUGUCAUCUGGAACAUGGAUGUAACGCGACAAGAGACCCCAGAGUGGUUGGACAGUGACUCCUGUCAGAAGUGUGAGCAGCCUUUCUUCUGGAACUUUAAACAGAUGUGGGACAGUAAGAAGAUCGGCCUACGACAGCAUCACUGUAGGAAGUGUGGCCAGGCGGUGUGUGGAAAAUGUUCGUCCAAACGCUCCACCAUCCCCCUCAUGGGCUUCGAGUUCGAGGUGCGUGUGUGUGACAGCUGCCACGAGUCCAUCACCGACGAAGAUCGAGCGCCCACAGCCACCUUCCACGACAGCAAGCACAGCAUUGUUUACAUGCACUAUGAGCCCACCACUGGAAAUCUGCUCACCUCUGGCACUGACAAGGUUAUCAAGCUAUGGGACAUGAGUCCUGUGGUGUCCUGAGGUCUGUGGGCGACCAGCAGUCAGCGGGGAAGCUCUGUUCACCAAACUGUGAUGGUGGCAGUCGCACUUGGAAGAGAAAGAGAGAAGCAUAUCCAACAAUAUCGAUGUCAUCUGGAUAAUAUUUAACAGUUAUUCAACAACAAGCAGUGGCUGUUGCACAUUCACAGUGAGGACACUGCAGGCCAGUGGAGCCUGGGAACAGGACAGGCUUUGGUUGACACAAGGUUAUAGACGGUUGUGAGUGUUUGUUUGUUAGAAGGGUGCUGUUGCGUGGGGGAUCUCUCUGUGUAUAUGUGUGUUUGGAAAGGGUUGAGGCAUUUGACUUUUUUACACGACUUAUGUACUUAAUUUUCAUGCAUUCCUGCCUGAUUUCAUACUGGAAACUCACAAAACAGUAAGUGAAACAUUUCUGCCCUGUGUCAGCAGAUGCCAUCAAACCCAAACUUUACGUUUGUUAGUUGUAAAGCACGUAAUGUAUUGCAUGUAACUGGACCAUAGAUCACUCAAAUUCACUCAAUUACGUUAAGCUGGCUGUAGAGUCUCAACAAGAGGAAGCCGUUUGAUCAUUGUCAGACCAGUUCGUCACCUGCAGGAAAAGAUGUAACGGCAGCAACAGUUUAAACUAUUGAUGCUCCCUGCAUUGAUGCCUUAUACUGAAGGGGUUUCUAUUUUUUGUCCAACCCAGUUAAAUCAGUGAGUGAGACUAAAAACAGAAAAACCUAUAAUGUUAUACAGUUUAACAGCACCACAGACUAUCAACACCUCUUUAAACUGAACAUUUGAACCUUUGUGAAGGUAGGAUUUUUUGCAGGACAGUUGUAUUAGUCUGCAUUAGUUUUGGCUCAGCGUACCUAAUAAACUGGUAACGGAGUGUAAGUGUUAAUUGUCUGUAGAAAAUCUUUACUCUCCUGUUAGUAGCCUUAUAUAUAUAUAUGCAUGCAUGCAGAUAAUCUCCUGACGUUUGCAUUUAUGAAAAAACUAUUUUCAAGGUCAAUAAUGAAUCAGAAAACUCCUUUAUUUUCCCUUUGGACAAAUGAAAUCUGGUUAGGACCAUAAACCCCAUCUUUCCUUCUGCAAAGUAACUAGGAGGUCAGUUAUGCAGGACAGAGACACAUAGAGACACUUAGAGCAGAGGAGCGUUACAUUUUGGAGAUGUUUAAAAUGUUAAAAUCUGUAAACAAUUGGAUAACUUCAGCAAUAUAAAAAAAAUAUGCAGUUGUAAGUUAUUGCCUGUAGGUGGCACUAGUGUCAACACUGUAGCAGCUGUUGCAUGUAUUGCCCAUAGAGGGCACUCAUGAGCAUAUCUACAGUUUAUCUGCAGCUCUUAAAUAUUACUUGUCUUGCUAAUGGGUGGCACAGGUUGGACUGAAACUGCAGGUCGGAGAGGCUGCAGCGGUAUGAUAGCUGAUCCUAGUUUCAGGUGCUUCACAUCCCUCAGACUGUGUUCUUGGUAUCAUCAUCACAAGGGAAAGACAUCUUAAUGAAUCUAUCAAAGUGAUAUCAGUAGCAUAAUAGUACUUCAGCAAUGUGACACUAAGGAAACUGUUCAUUCACUCUCUGGGUGUUAACAAAAAUAAGCCCUUCAUGUGAGUCUCUAUUUAGGCUGCUCUACCUCAUAUCAGCCACUAGAGGAGAGAACUGUUUUUUUUUUUUUAAAAGACAAAUUAGGGAAGCAUAUUUAAUGUACACCUGUCUGGUUCAGUUGUAUAUCAGAUGGGUGUGGAAGGCAACAAAUGUAAGAAAGGGUCUUGUCAUUUUGAAACUGUACUUUUGUUCCUCACAAUGGGCCAGGCUUGUAUGCAUAGCAGCCUCCAAACUACAUGGUAUCUGAAUAUCCACAUAGGUUUUUCUAGCUAAAGUAUGUAUGUGGAUAAUGACCUAAUGUUGAUGCACCCAGUCCACUGUUACAGGAAAACUGGAUACCAAACAAAUCUCUUAACCUCAUAAAGGUGGUCCAUGAUUACAAACUCAUUCUCUGUAGCAAAAUAAUGUUCAGACCCACAUGUUCAGAGAUUCUAAAGUUACCAAAGACAAACUACGUUGAGCUAAAAAUGUGUAGAAAUUAUUCCAUUUGAUGUAAAGGGGCAUCCAUAAAAACAAGUCUUUCCAUCAUAUGGAAUAUAUAUGUAAUACCAUCAGACUUUUAGUUAAAGAAAAUUUAAGUUAGGCCAUUGCAGAGGACAUUGAUUUUAUAAUAAACCCUUGUCAUGAUACUGUAAAGUACACGCUGUGUAAAUCCACUGACGUGCAGAGUACACCUGUCAGGUUUUUGUAAUUUAACUUGACCAAUCAGACUGCUUGCUGAUCCUUGUAUGUUCUCUCAUGUCAGCUGUUUUAUGAGGUUAUUUAUUAUUCAAAGUGUGGACUUAAUGUUUCUAACAUGCAAAUGCACAUAUCAAGCUUUUCAGUGGCAACACAAACAUACAUGUAUCAGGACUGAAAGGAAGCUUAUGAACAUGGUUGCUUUGAUUUUGUUCUCAUUGUUACCGGUCUUUUAAGUCACAAUACUGUAUACUUGCAUUUAUGUCAAUGCACUGGAAUCAAGGAGCAUACGUAUGUUACAAAUCGCUGCUGUGGAGAGAAAAUAUUAAUUUUCUUUGCGAUUAUCAUGUUGCCGUUUAAUGGUAAUUAAGUUGAAUUCUUCUGAUGUUCAAACCCCUCUGAAUAUGAUAUGUUUGUUAGAUGUCAUCUAAAAGUUGAGAAAUUAAAAAUUUUUUGUCUGCUCUUUCACAGCUACCCAUAAAGGUACAUUCACUGCAGCUCAUGAAUGUGAGCUUGUGGGUACUAAGACCUUAAAGAAUCAUGCCAGUGUUUUUCUGAAGUUUCAUCUGCUCGGCUAUAAAUGCAUAUUUCACUUUUUUGCAGACCAGUUUCAAAUGCAUGGUGUAAAGUUUUCGGUAUUUAGGAUGUAAUUUUCCAAACUUUACAAGAAGCUGUUGGUUUCCACCUUAACGAUUUUUACUCUGUGCUGAAAUUAAUAUAAAGGGGUGGCUGCCUGGAAUAAAAAAAAAACUGAAAACUAAAACACAAAAUACAUACAUGUGAUCAUGUAACGUGCAUGUGAUUUAAAUGGGCUAAAAUGUGCUAAAUCACUGAUUUAGUCCUUUUAAACGUAAAAAAAAAACAACAAAACAGACUACACAGAAGAUACAAAGUUAUUACAUAAACAAUACCUGAACUUCUGUUGAAGUUCAUCUGAGGCCAGUGGUAUUUUUUGUUGCAGGAAAGAAAACCGAUAUUGAUGUGUGUUUCAGUGUGUCCAUUAAUGUAACCAUGUUUGUGAAAAUGGCACAUUAAAAGAGAAGGUUUACCUGCUCUACCAA